AUGGGUAAUACUAACCAAGGCACCUCCAAAGCGGACGACUCGGAAUCAAGAGAAGGAGUAACAAAUACUAACGGAGCCGACAAUCGAACGGGCGAAAGAACAGAUUCACAAUCACGUCAAAAUCCUCUUCCACAGCCGGUGACGUACUAUGAACCUGAUGAGCGAACUAGAUUAUUGCCCGCCAGUACUCAUCAUGGUAUUUCGGGACAACCACCACUUGAUAUUGAUGACCCGGCUGUCACGCCUUUGAAUCUUUGGGGUAUUCGAUUCUUGAGAUAUAUCACUAUCGCUUUCUUGCUUGUUGCUUCUGGUUGGUGGUUGGUAUUGCUUGUUACGACUUUUGUCAGCCCACAAGGAUUCCACUCCCGUGGUGGCGGUUGGUUUGCCUUCGGAUACACUUCUUUGGCCAUUGGAAUUCUCAUGCUACUGCUAUUUUCAUUCACCGUCCCAUCCAGAGCUGAAGAAGUUAUCCAGUCGGUUAUUGCAGUCUUGCUACUCGUGAAUCUUAUUAUUACUCUAUCGGUCCCCGGGCUUCGAGAAGAAGAAGGAUGGAUUGGUAUCGCUUCCGCUAUUUUCGUGUUAUUUGUUACUCUCUGGGCGGUCUGUGUAGACCGUAGUGUCGAAUGGGGCAAGAAAGAAGAAGAGGAACGUCUAACCGGACGAGCUGAAACCCGUCGUUCCCUCAAGGAAUGGUGUUCUGUCUUCUCCGCCCUAGUAAUCAUGGUCAUAUUCCUGGUUAUAUCGAUUCUACUCACUGGCACUCUUUCUCUCAGAGCAUACGACCAAUCUCUCGAGGUCCCUGGAAAAAGAGUUUGGGUCGAAGACCGUUACUAUAGAGUUCACAUAUUCUGUACUCCAGAACAUUCUGACAAAGGAAGAGAAAAGGUCACGGUAUUCUUGGAGAGUGGGGAACGAGCUGUUGCGAAUGGGUUGUUGGAUUGGGCACAAGAAAAUUAUGUGAAUGGGACUAUUGGGAGGUUUUGCUACUGGGACAGGCCUGGAUACGCGUUCAGCGAUGUAGCUCCUAGUCCAUUGAGUGCUGGGAUGGCUGCGGAUGCGUUGAGUGAAGCUUUGGCUAAAGUUGGUGAGAAGGGGCCGUUUAUAUUAGUCGCACACGGAAUUGGAUCAAUAUACACUCGAAUCUUCGCUUCACGUCAAGGGAAAUCGAUCAAAGGCUUGAUGCUAAUCGACCCUCUCCAUGAAUCAUACCUCCCAGAUGUUGGCUCUACAGGCCGUGGUUUCUUCAUGUGGUUCCGCGGUGUCAUCUCUCCUCUUGGAUUGGAAAUUCUCUUCGAUGCAAUCUUUAAAGCCCGCUCUAGAGAAGACCGUAUAUUCGGGAAGUCCUCAUAUCUUAAUGCGAAAACCAUCAAAGCGAAAUUGCAGGAGAGCCUCGCGGCUAAGACAUUUACGAAACCAGAAGUUUCGACAAGCAAGGUCAUUUUGAAUAGGAAAAUUCCUUUGGUAGUUGUUAGCAGCGGAGAAGGUGUGAAAAAGGAUAGUCGAUGGGAUCAGGCGCAAAAGGAAUCCACGGAGUUGACAGAUAAUUUGUUACAUUGGGAUAUUGUGAACAAGGCAGGGCAUAAAGUCUGGGAGACGGCAGAUGGAUGGAAUAUGAUGAGUAAAAGGAUUGGGAAGCUGGUUGAUAUCGCGACGGAGGGAAAUAAGUUCCCGAAUUAA